AUGCGCGGCGAAAUCUGUCAUCUUCACCUGGGCCAAGCUGGUACCCAGUUGGGUAACUCUGCCUGGGAGCUUUACCUGCUUGAGCAUAACCUGCUGGUCGAUGGUCAUAUAAACCCCGAUUCUGUGGAAGAACUUGGCCAGGGCCACUCUUAUGAGACUUUUUUCACCGAGACCGGCAAUGGCAAAUACGUCCCGCGCUCCAUAUUUGUCGACCUUGACCCUUCGCCUAUUGACGAGAUACGCACUGGUACCUACCGCCAUCUGUUCCACCCUGAGCAGCUUAUAAGCGGACAGGAGGAUGCCGCCAAUAACUAUGCCAGGGGCCAUUACACCGUCGGUAAGUUGCUCAUGGAGCAGGUUGUCGAUCGGAUUCGUCGUGUGGCCGAUAAUUGCGCCUCUCUUCAAGGCUUUUUGAUUUUCCACUCCUUCGGCGGCGGAACGGGGUCUGGUUUCGGUGCACUCUUGCUCGAGCAUCUUUCUACCGAGUAUUGCAAGAAGACCAACCUGGAAUUUGCGGUUUACCCGUCCCCCCGCAUCGCAACUGCAGUGGUGGAACCCUACAAUGCCGUCCUCUCCACACAUGCCACUAUUGAGAACUCCGAUUGUACAUUUCUCCUUGACAACGAAGCUGUGUACGAUAUCUGUAAGCGCAACCUCGACAUCCCUCGCCCUGGAUAUGACCAUCUCAACCGUCUUGUCGCCCAGGUCGUUAGCUCUGUUACCUCCAGCUUGCGUUUCAAUGGCGCUUUAAAUGUCGACUUGAAUGAGUUUCAGACAAAUCUUGUGCCGUUUCCGAGAAUUCACUACCCCCUCAUUUCGUAUGCUCCUGUCAUAUCUAGCAGCAACAGCGGCCACGAGAGCUUCAAGGUCAAGGAUUUGACCUUCCAGUGCUUCGAAUCUAAAAACCAGAUGGUUGUUUGCGACCCUCAAAACAGCAAAUACAUGGCUGUUGCCCUUCUGUACCGGGGUGACGUCGUGCCUCACGACUGUACUCGAGCUAUGGCCGAAGUUAAGAACAAGGCCUCUUUCAACUUGGUUGAGUGGUGUCCAACCGGUUUUAAGCUAGGGAUUAACUACAAAAAGCCCAUAGACGUGCCCGAGAGCGAGCUUGCUUCCGUUGACCGCUCGGUUACGAUGCUCUCCAACUCCACCGCCAUCGCCGCGUCAUGGCACCGCCUUGACUACAAAUUCGACCUCAUGUAUUCCAAACGUGCUUUCGUUCACUGGUACUUGGGGGAGGGCAUGGAGGAAGGUGAGUUCUCUGAGGCUCGCGAGGACUUGGCUGCUCUGGAAAAGGACUAUGAGGAGAUCGGCAGUGACACUCUUGGCACGGAUGUGAGCCUUGAGUACUGA